UCGUCUCUAUCUGUUCUGACCAUCCUACCUCCUGACUCUCCUACAAAUGGACUCAUCCCUUGUUUUCCCCAAACCAGGAUUUCCCAUUGCCGACCCCAUGGAGGCUGCAAGGAAGAGGAAGAUGCCCCGGGGCACUGAGGCAGAGCAGGAGCUGAACAUGGAGAGCAGGGAGGACAAAUGCCCGCGGCAGAACCUGGUGGAAGAGGCCGUUUUGAGCGGCUCCACGGUGCAGGAAGCCAACGGGGAGGAAAAGCCCCGGAGAUGCCGCACGAGGAGGGGCUGCAAACGCAGCUGGUGGGGAUCUGAGGGGGAAAGAGCCAGCCUGGGCCGGGAAGGCGGCUGGAGAUGGAGCCAGAGCUCGGAGCUGGUGCUCUGUGAGCAGCUCCAUGAUGGGGAGAAGCCCCACACAUGCGUGGAGUGUGGGAAGAGCUUCAGCCGGAGCUCCCACUUGAUCAUACACCAGAGGACCCACACUGGAGAGAAGCCGUACGAGUGUGGGGAGUGUGGGAAGAGCUUCAGCCAGAGCUCCAACCUGAUCAGGCACCAGAGGACCCACACUGGGGAGAGGCCCUACGAGUGUUCCAAGUGUGGGAAGAGGUUUACGAGUAGCUCCGAUCUCCUUCAGCACUAUCAGACUCACACAGAGGAGAGGCCCUUCCAAUGCCCCGACUGUGGGAAGAGAUUCAAGUACAACUCCACCCUCGUCACGCACCGGCGCAUCCACACGGGAGAGAGGCUCUACGAGUGUGAUAAAUGCAGGAAGGGGUUUCAGACCAGCUCCAUUCUCCUCCAGCACUAUCGAAUUCACACAGAGGAGAGGCCUUUCCGCUGUCCCGACUGCGGGAAGGGAUUCAAGUGCAACUCCACCCUCAUCACCCACCGGUGCAUCCACACUGGGGGGAGGCCCUACGAGUGUCCCCAGUGUGGGAAGAGCUUCUCCAGGAGCUCUGACUUGACCAAACACCAACAGAGGCACCACUAAGGGAAGCCCUGUGAGUGCCCCGAGUGUGGGCAGAGCUUCGUGCGCUGCUCCAGCUCCAUCCCCCACUGGAGGAGGCACUUUGGGCACAGCUCUGGUCACUCACAUUCCCUGUGAUCCAUGUUGGGAACACACCUGGCUGCUUCUCCUUUUGGUUUGGCCUUAAUUUUCCUCUGCUUCACCUUCAUCCUUUAAAAACACCCAAAACUGGAUUAAAUGAAGGAAAUUGGUCGAAUAUAUCUGAAGUUCCAUAAUUUCUCAGUUGUUUUAGAGGGAAUUUAGGAUUUGGGGAUGCAUUCUGUGUGGAGUGCUGCUGUUGCUAAGAGGCAGGAAUUUGAUCUUACCCUUCUUGUGUUGCUAAGAACUCCUCCCCUGACCCCAUCCCCAAUUCCACCCUUGGGAUACCCUGUAAAUAUUCCAUGGCCCUGCCUUUCACCUGCCUUUCGGGGUUAAGAAAUGGAUUCCCAAAGGAUCAGCCCUAUUCCCUCUGUAUUCCAAGAGGAUGAACCUCUUCCACUGGAUUCCCAGAGGAUACUGACUCUAUCACUCUUUUUUUUUUGUUUGUAGUACUGCAUUUGUAUGUUUAAUUCUUCCUAAUAAAGAACUGUUAUUUCUACUCCCAUA